AUGGCCACACCGGCAGUAGCAAGCAAAUCAUCACUACCUGGUGAAACAGCAUCGCACAAACCCUCAACUUCCUCAUCGUCCUCGUCAACUCCGUCGCUACUGCUAGCCAAUCAACUGUCCUCUACCUAUACCAAGGAUCGUAAAGUUGGUGAAGGUACAUAUGCCGUUGUUUAUCUAGGCAAGCAAACAUCAACUAAACGACAAAUAGCAAUCAAGGAGAUCAAAACGGGGUUAUUCAAAGAUGGACUCGAUAUGUCGGCUAUACGUGAAGUCAAGUAUUUACAAGAGUUGAAACAUCCCAAUGUCAUUGAAUUAAUCGAUGUUUUUGCCACAUCAAACAACAAUUUAAAUAUAGUGCUAGAGUUCUUACCAUGUGAUUUAGAAGUAUUGAUCAAAGACAAGAGUAUAGUUUUCAAAUCGGCUGAUAUCAAAUCAUGGAUGUUGAUGACAUUACGCGGUAUACAUCAUUGUCACCGAAACUUCAUUUUACAUCGAGAUUUGAAGCCCAACAACUUGUUGAUUUCACCUAAUGGGUUAUUAAAAAUUGCCGAUUUUGGUCUUGCGAGAAGCUUGGGUAAUCCUAAUGAAGACCUAAGCUCGAAUGUCGUUACGCGGUGGUAUCGUGCUCCAGAACUUUUAUUUGGCGCAAAGCAUUAUACAGAAGCCAUCGACAUCUGGUCAAUUGGAAUUAUAUUUGCCGAAUUGAUGUUGCGUAUCCCUUAUCUUGCAGGGAAGGACGAUGUUGACCAAUUGGAUGUGACAUUUAGAGCAUAUGGGACGCCAACUGAACAAAUCUGGCCCAACGUAUCAAGCUUACCGUUGUAUAAUGCCUUGCAUGUUUAUCCACCGCCUUCACGACAAGAGUUACGAACACGGUUCAGUGCUGCAACUGAUAGGGCGUUGGAUUUCUUGAUUCUGUUGACACAAUUGGAUCCUAGUCGUAGAUGCAAUUCAACUCAGGCUUUAUUACACGAGUAUUUUACUGAAGCUCCUCGACCAACGUCGCCGGAAUUGUUACCAAUGAAGAAGGAGAAAAAGAGAGUACAGGAUGAUGGAAGUGAUGUAAAUAGUGGUAAAAACUCGGAUGCAUUGAAAAGAAGGCGAGUUUAG